AUGUCGCUCGAGUUUAACGGGACGGAGGGCGUCUUCGACUCCGGCCGCUCGGCCGGUGUCUAUGACAUGAACCUCUUCUAUGACUCCGGAAACCUCGCCUGGAUCACAGUCUGCUCGGCCCUCGUCCUCCUCAUGAUCCCCGGCGUCGGCUUCUUCUACGCCGGUCUCGCCCGCCGCAAGUCCGCCCUCUCCCUCAUCUUCAUGUGCAUGAUGAGCAUAGCCGUCAUCGGAUUCCAAUGGUUCUUCUGGGGCUACUCCCUCACCUUCUCCCACACCGGUUCCAAAUUCCUCGGCGAUCUGUCCAACUUUGGUCUCAAGAACGUCGUGGCGCAUCCGUCGGUCGGCACUGAUGCGCUUCCCGAUAUCCUCUUUUGCUUGUACCAGGGCAUGUUCGCCUCCAUUACUCCCGCCCUUGCCAUGGGCGCCAUCGCUGACCGCGGCCGCGUCCUCCCCGCCAUGGUCUUCAUCUUCAUCUGGGGCACCGUAGUCUACGACCCCAUCGCCUACUGGUCCUGGAAUGGCAACGGCUGGCUCUUCCAGCUCGGCUCCCUCGACUUCGCCGGAGGAACCCCAGUGCACAUCUCCUCCGGUGUCGCCGCCCUCGCCUACGCCCUCAUGCUCGGCCGCCGCAACGGCUACGAUAAAGUCCGCGGCCUGCCUUACCGCCCCCAUAACGUCACCCACGUCGUCCUCGGCACCGUGUUCCUGUGGGUUGGCUGGUUCGGCUUCAACGGCGGUUCUGCGCUCGCGUCGAACAUUCGCGCCGUUAUGGCUUGCUAUGUGACCAACCUUGCUGCUUGCAUUGGCGGCAUUGCUUGGACGCUGCUUGAUUUCAGACUUGAGGGCAAGUGGAGCACCAUUGGUUUUUGCUCUGGUGCUAUUUCGGGGCUUGUUGCUAUUACACCUGCGGCUGGUUUCGUUACGCCUUGGGGUGCGUUUGUCAUUGGGCUCUGCGGUGGUAUCUUCUGUAACUUUGCUACGAAGCUCAAGUUCCUUAUUGGGGUUGAUGAGGCGCUGGAUGUGUUUGCCGUCCAUGGCAUUGGCGGUAUCGUCGGCAACCUCCUAACCGGUAUCUUUGCUGCCCCCUACAUCGCCAACCUCGACGGUAGCGACCCCAUCGAGGGUGGCUGGAUCAACCGCCACUUCAUCCAGCUCGGCUACCAACUCGCCGGCACCACCGCCGGUUUCGCCUGGUCCUUCGUCGUCACCUGCAUCAUCCUCUUCCUCAUGAACCUUGUCCCCGGCCUUUCCCUCCGCGUCAAGGUCGACGAGGAGGAGCUGGGUCUCGACGACUGCCAGCUUGGAGAGUUCGCUUAUGAUUAUGUUGAGCUUAGGAGGCAUCCUGGGGAUGCGCUUAGUGGGAACACGACUUCGCAUGCUUCUACUGAGAAGAUUGUUUGA